UUAAACAAAAGCCAGCUCUAUUUAGCACCUACAGAGAGUGGAUAUUUCUAUAACUGCUUUUUUAUUUUUUCCUUCGCUACAGUCGUUCUCAGCGCCAUCUUUUCUUUUUCUUUCUUCUUCAUUUAAAGAGAAGGUUGAGGAACCCUAGCUGAUAUCUUUUUCCAAAAUAAAAUUGAAGGUUGAGGCUUUAGCUUUAGCUUUAGCUUUCCAUUGAGACCAUGACGACAUCGUUUGGGAGUGCAACGAGUACCGUGAUACCCAACGAUCCCAAGAUUAGAAUGCAAAGCUUUACGGGGUUGAAAUCUUUGCAUUCUAUAGCUUUGGCGAGGAAUCAUCGCGUGUUUACACUUCCCUUCUCCGCUCCUUCUGUUAUUAGAGCUGUCUCUACGCCAGUGAAACCCGAAACCAGUACAACAGAGCCAAAGCGAAGUAAAGUUGAAAUAUUCAAAGAACAAAGCAAUUUCAUUAGAUACCCCCUUAAUGAGGAGAUAUUGACUGAUACACCCAAUAUAAACGAGGCUGCAACACAAUUAAUUAAGUUCCAUGGGAGCUAUCAACAGUAUAACCGAGAUGAGCGUGGUACAAGGUCUUAUUCGUUCAUGCUCCGAACCAAAAACCCCGGUGGAAAAGUCCCAAACCAGCUCUACUUGACAAUGGAUGAUCUUGCUGAUCAAUUUGGUAUCGGAACACUUAGAUUGACCACAAGGCAAACGUUUCAGCUCCAUGGAGUUUUGAAGAAGAACCUCAAGACGGUAAUGAGCACGAUUAUUAAGAACAUGGGUUCAACUCUUGGUGCCUGCGGGGAUCUCAAUAGAAAUGUGCUUGCUCCUGCUGCUCCCUUGAUGACAAAAGAGUGCCUGUUUGCCCAGGAAACUGCUGAUAACAUAGCUGCUCUGUUAACCCCGCAGUCAGGUUUUUACUAUGAUGUGUGGGUGGACGGGGAGAGGUUCAUGACAUCAGAGCCUCCGGAAGUAGUGAAGGCAAGGAAUGAUAAUUCUCAUAAAACGAAUUUUCCAGAUUCGCCUGAGCCAAUAUAUGGGACUCAGUUCUUGCCGAGGAAGUUUAAAAUUGCUGUCACUGUGCCAACUGAUAACUCGGUGGAUAUCCUCACAAAUGAUAUUGGUGUUGUCGUAGUUUCUGAUGAUAACGGGGAGCCUCAGGGAUUCAACAUCUAUGUUGGUGGUGGUAUGGGAAGAACUCAUAGAAUGGAGGCCACUUUUCCUCGGCUGGGAGAACCGUUAGGUUAUGUUCCAAAAGAGGACAUUUUGUAUGCUAUUAAAGCCAUUGUUGCUACUCAACGAGAUCAUGGCAGAAGGGAUGACCGUAGAUAUAGUAGAAUGAAAUAUUUGAUCAGCUCUUGGGGGAUUGAAGAGUUUAAAACUGUUGUUGAGCAAUAUUAUGGAAAGAAAUUUGAGCCUUUCCGUGAGUUGCCUGAAUGGGAGUUUAAGAGUUACUUGGGAUGGCAUGAGCAGGGAGAUGGUGCUUUGUUUUGCGGGCUUCAUGUAGAUAACGGUCGUGUUGGAGGGAAAAUGAAAAAGACACUGAGGGAAGUAAUAGAGAAGUAUAACUUAAAUGUGCGAAUUACCCCAAACCAAAAUAUUAUUUUGUGCGACAUUCGUAGUGCAUGGAGGCGUCCCAUUACCACAGUUCUUGCUCAAGCUGGCCUGCUUCAUCCUAAAUUUGUAGAUCCCCUGAACUUAACAGCUAUGGCAUGUCCAGCUUUCCCACUUUGCCCACUGGCAAUAACAGAAGCUGAACGAGGCAUACCCGACAUCCUCAAGCGUGUCAGAUCCGUCUUUGAGAAGGUCGGUCUGAAGUACAAUGAUUCUGUGGUGAUCAGAAUAACUGGCUGCCCUAAUGGUUGUGCUAGACCGUACAUGGCUGAGCUUGGACUGGUUGGUGAUGGUCCCAACAGCUAUCAGAUUUGGCUUGGAGGAACACCAAAUCAAACCCAAUUAGCAAGAAGUUUUAUGGACAAAGUCAAAGUUCAGGAUCUUGAAAAUGUUUUUGAACCUUUGUUCUACUACUGGAAACAAAAAAGACAACCAAAAGAAUCAUUUGGUGACUUCACAGCCCGCAUUGGAUUUGAAAAACUUAAAGAGCUCGUGGACAAGUGGGAAGGUGUAGUGCAAACGCCACCAGCAAGGUAUAACCUAAAGCUUUUUGCCGAUAAAGAGACAUAUGAAGCCAUGGAUGAGCUUGCAAAGCUGCAAAACAAGAGUGCUCAUCAGCUGGCAAUUGAAGUCAUUCGCAAUUUUGUUGCUUCCCAGCAAAAUGGUAAAAGUGAACGAGUCAUUUGAGAAACUAUUACUGCUGCAUUUUCUCUUUUGGACUUCGAUACCAUUAGCCAACAUCUAAAGCGGAUGAAAUCAUUUUGUAUUCCAGUUUUGGUAUUGUAUUAGCAUUAUACAGGAUCUGGGUUCUCUAUAUUCAGGAGAAGUUUCUCGAAUUUGCUUUAAAAAAUACAAUUCCCAGUGUUGUAGUUUUGUGCCUUUAGAUAUUUCUUCUUGACUGGGCAGGAAUUGUAAGGCAAUUUCAAAACACUGAGCUAUAAAACUAGAAAGGAUUGAACCUGGAUAA